GACAAGAUAUCCGACAGAACAUCCAACUUUUUAUUGGGUCCAGAAAAGGUUCUGGUUCCUCCAGAGGAACGUUCUGACUCUUACUGUGGAAUAAAGUUUGAGUCUAAUUUAAAUAUUUAUUUGUGGUAAAAUAAAAUCUGAGCUGAUCCAGACCAGGACAGAAACGGUUCUGCUGCUGGUUCUGCUGGUUCUGCCUAAGAGGAGGAGGGAACUGGACGGCUGAUCUGUUUCGUACGACGUACGAAACGUCGGACGUUUCCGUCUUAGUUCAGAACGUGAGACAAGAAGCAGCUGGAACCUCAGCUGGUCUUCCUCUGGGUCGGGGCUGGUUCCGAAGUCGGUUCCUCUGGGUCGGGGCUGGUUCCGGAGUCGGUUCCUCUGGGUCGGGGCUGGUUCCGGAGUCGGUUCCUCUGGGUCGGGGCUGGUUCCGGAGUCGGUUCCUGUUCUCUGGAAGCGGUUCGUUGUUCUUGCUGACCUGAGGGAACGGGUUCCCCUCCAUGAUGUCGGUUCCUCAGUGGGUCCGGCUCACGGCCCGGUUGCCCCGGUGAUCGGGCUGAUGGAUAGUUAGAGACAGGUUCUGAUCGGGUUCUGGUGGAACUUUGCAGCAGAUUGUACUGGAUGAAGGUGGGUUGACGAGCCGUUAUCGGAAUCUGGAUCAGUUUGGUGAAUCAGAAACGUUAAAAUCGUCCAUCAUGGUCAAAAAAUCUGAAAACACAUUUCUGAUCUGGUGAAUGUUUCUGAAUGAAUUCAUGAAUUUGUCUCUGCCAGCAAAUUAGUUCAGCUUCAAUGCUAAAUGUUUAGUACUGAAGCUGAACAGAACCGACUCCCUCUGACCGGACCUCCGUCCCAGCAGCAGAUCUCAGAGAGGUCAGAGCUCAACGUGUCUCUGGGUGUCGCCUGAUGGAGGCGGUUAUCUGGCCACGUGUGCGGGGCCCAGGGACCGCGGACCCGGCCCGGCACAACCUUGUAUGGCCAUGGCUGCAGGGAGACGGAGAUAAGGACGCUGUGUGACCAGCAGCGGGCAUUUCCGUUAAAUUUAGAGCAGCUAUCAGGCGCAGCUCUCCCUCCUGGACGCACUCUGCUCUCCUGCAGCGGCUGCAUCAGGACCGAGGUUGAGGCCUGUAGCGUCACCAUGAAUCCCGCUGGACGCCCGUCGUUCCUGCUGCUCCUGUUCGCCGCUAUCUCAGCCGGGUUCCCGAGCUCCGCAGCAGGGGGCGCCGGUUUGACCCCAAAGUCCAACACCACAGCCAGAAACCAGACUAAAUGCGGCGGCGGCACCGACUGCAUCGAGGGCGUCAUCCUGCCGGUGUGGAAGCCGGAGAACCCGGCCUUCCCCGACCGCCUGGCCAGGGCCACCAUCUACUUCGUGGGGCUGUUCUACAUGUUCCUGGGCGUCUCCAUCAUCGCUGAUCGCUUUAUGGCGUCCAUCGAAGUCAUCACCUCUCAGGAAAGGAAGAUCACCAUAAAGAAACCCAACGGGGAGAAGAUCACCACCACGGUUCGCGUCUGGAACGAGACAGUGUCCAACCUGACCCUGAUGGCGCUCGGCUCGUCCGCGCCAGAGAUCCUCCUGUCCGUGGUGGAGGUUUGCGGUCACAACUUUGACGCCGGUGAAUUGGGUCCCAACACCAUCGUAGGCAGCGCCGCCUUCAACAUGUUCGUCAUCAUCGGCCUCUGCGUGUCCGUCAUUCCCGACGGGGAGGCCAGGAAGGUGAAGCACCUGCGGGUGUUUUUCGUCACCGCCACCUGGAGCGUGUUUGCUUACACCUGGCUGUACCUGAUCCUGGCCGUUUUCUCUCCAGGUGUUGUUGAGAUAUGGGAGGGGCUUCUCACACUCUUCUUCUUCCCUUUCUUUGUUGGGUUUGCUUAUGUGGCCGACCGCAGGCUUCUUUUCUACAAAUACGUGCACAAGCGAUACCGAGCAGGGAAGCAGAAGGGAAUGAUUAUCGAGACCGAGGGCAAGCCAGACCUGCCGUCGAAGGUGGACGUCGAAAUGGACGGCAAAAUGCUCAACUCCCAUGGAGACGAACUACUGGACGGAGAGGUGAAGGAGUUGGACGACGAGGAGGCGUGCAGAGAGCUGGCCAUUAUCCUGAAGGAGCUGAAGCAGAAACAUCCAGAGAAGGAGACGGAGCAGCUGAUGGAGCUCGCUACCUACCAGGUUCUGGCCCAGCAGCAGAAGAGUCGGGCCUUUUACCGCUGCCAGGCGACCAGGAUCAUGACAGGAGCCGGCAACGUCCUGAAGAAACACGCCGCUGACCAGUCCAGGAGGGCCACGCAGCAUGACCUCUGCUCUGAGAUAUCCGUCAACAACUUCUCCUCCAGGGUCUUCUUCGACCCUGGGAGCUACCAGUGUCUGGAGAACUGCGGCAGCAUGGCGCUCAAUGUCGUCCGCCGAGGAGGAGACUUGACCACUACUGUCUGCGUGGAUUACCGGACUGAAGACGGCACCGCCACCGCUGGCUCCGACUACCAGCUCACUGAAGGAACUGUUGUGUUCAAACCCGGCGAGACCGACAAGGAAAUCCACAUCAACAUCAUUGACGACGAUAUUUUUGAGGAAGACGAGCACUUCCUGGUUCACCUCACCAACGUGCGGGUCAUACCAGACGGAGCAAACGACCAUCAGGCGAACCACGCCGACGGCCUGGCAGUGCUGGGCCUGCCGUGCACCGCCACCGUCACCAUCUUUGACGACGACCACGCCGGGAUAUUCAGCUUUGAGGAGCCGGUGGUGACGGUGAGUGAGAGCGUGGGCGUGAUGGAGGUGAAGGUGACCAGGAGCUCAGGGGCCCGCGGCGUCGUGGCGGUGCCGUACAAAACCAUCGAGGGGACGGCAAAAGGCGGCGGAGUAGACUUUGAAGACACGCACGGCGUCCUGGAGUUUGACAACGAUGAGAUUGUCAAAUCGAUUCGGAUCAACGUCGUCGAUGACGAAGAGUACGAGAAAAACAAGAACUUCUUCCUGGAGGUCGGCGACCCUCAGCUGCUAGAGAUGAGUGAACGGAAAGCUCUGCUCCUGCAGGAAGUCGGUGGCUUCGUCCAGACAGACAAGCAGCUGUUUGGUCGAGACAUCUAUAGGAAGGUCCAGGGCCGAGUCCGACCCGCCCCGUCCACCGUCACCAGCAUCAGAGAUGGGGUGUGUGAGGAGGUUUUGACAAAGAAGGAGGAGGAGGAGCGGCGGAUUGCAGAGAUGGGCAGACCAAUGUUGGGCGAACACGUCCGACUGGAGGUCGUCAUCGAGGAAUCCUACGAGUUCAAGAACACGGUGGACAAACUGAUUAAGAAGACCAACCUGGCUCUGGUGAUCGGGACGAACAGCUGGAGGGAGCAGUUUGUAGAGGCCAUCACUGUCAGCUCAGGUGGUGAUGAUGAUGAUGAAGAAAAAAUGCCUUCCUGUUUUGACUAUGUCAUGCACUUCCUGACUGUCUUCUGGAAGCUUCUGUUUGCCUUCGUUCCUCCAACGGACUACUGGAACGGCUGGGCCUGCUUCGUCAUCUCCAUCUUCGUCAUCGGCAUGCUGACCGCCAUCAUCGGAGACCUGGCGUCGCAUUUUGGCUGCACGGUUGGCCUCAAAGACUCCGUCACCGCCGUGGUGUUCGUCGCGUUGGGUACUUCAGUACCAGACACCUUUGCCAGUAAAGUGUCGGCGAUCCAGGACCAAUACGCGGACGCCUCCAUCGGGAACGUUACAGGAAGUAACGCCGUCAACGUCUUCCUGGGCAUUGGUGUGGCGUGGUCCAUCGCCGCCGUCUACCACUACAGCAAGGGCCAGGAGUUCAGGGUGGACCCGGGAACGCUGGCCUUCUCCGUCACGCUCUUCACCAUCUUUGCUUUCAUCUGCAUCGCCGUCCUGAUCUACCGGCGCCGGCCGGCCAUCGGCGGGGAGCUCGGUGGGCCGCGUGUUCCUAAAGUCCUGACCUCCGGCCUGUUCUUCAGCCUGUGGUUGAUGUACAUCGUCUUCUCGUCGCUGGAGGCGUACUGCCACGUCAAGGGCUUCUAGGCCACCUGCUUCAAACUGGAAUUGCAAUUUGGACGGUUUCUCUUCGGAUCAUCGGAUCGUAAUGGGUUCCUGAGAGGUUCUGGUGGGUUUCGGGUUCCUUCAGGUUCUGGCCUGAGAGUCAGAAUUGGGUUUUAACCGAGAUGUCUGGGUCAGCCCUGCUGGUUCCUCUGACUUCCUGUAACACGUUUGUAAGGUUCUGGUUCCAGUUGUUCAGGUUUUCAGUGUGUUGGUGCAGACUCUGUUCUGGUUUCAGUAGAACCAGCUUUAAAAUGUUCUGUUGGACCCAGAAUGCUGCAUGUUUUCCUCCAACUUAUCUUAAUCUUUCAGAUUAUAUUUAAAGUGAGUUCUGUCAGGUAUUUUGAAGUUCAGCCGGGUCCAAACAGCUUCAGGCCCGGCGUCCGGCCCGGUUUGGACAGACGGCUGCUGACUUCCUGACUGAUUCCUCCUCCACCUUUAGUUGUGCACAAUGUUUUGUCUUGCAUGAACUUUGACCCCACGGCCACAGAGACCCUGAGCAGCCAAGACGCCCCUUCGUCUUCAUUCUGCCAUGUGAUUGGUUGUUUCUCCUCAAAACAUUAAAGUUUAGUGAGUGAUGAUGA